AUGUGGGGUGCUCAAAUUGACAAUAGGGGACAAGAAGAUAUGGAAACAUACCUUCAAAGACUUGUGUUGCUUGCUUCCAACAAAAUAAUUGGAGGGAAAGUUCCUACACUUGAAGAAAUUGACCAUACAUCGGCACUAGCAAUUCUUGCUAUCUGCAUAUGCUUGCAUGUAUCACCACUUGCUCAACGAUUGGUUGCUAGUCACAUGUGUGCUAUAUGUAGUGGUAUGGUGGAGGCUGGAUAUCACGGAGAGCUUGCAGCACGUAUAAUACUGAUAAGAGCUUGGGAUGUUUGUGCAUGCAUUCACAAUCAUAGGACUAUUACCAACCAAUAUUCAUCCCCCAUCACUAUUGCUGAAUUCAUAAAUGCACUCUUUGGCAUUGACUUGGUUCAAUUUGUGAUGCAACAGAAACACUACACAAUUACUUGUUAA